AUGAAGAAUUUCAAUAAGAUUUUUCCAGCAGAUAUCAUUUCUGACAUGUUGACUCGUUUACCCACUGAAUCAGUCCUGAAAAGCAAGUUGGUCUGCAAAACAUGGAAGGAUCUCAUUCAUCAUCCAUCGUUCCCCGAGCUGCACUUAACUCGUCUGAAUCAUCCUGAUUCAACCGAUUCAGGUAAGUUGCGGUAUGUUUUCUUGAAUUCAUCCGAUGAUGAUGAUUAUAACAAACAUGUUUGCUAUUUUGAAUAUAACGAUGAAGAGGAUUGGAAUUAUGCUAAACCAAAACAUAGAAAGAUCAUGUUAGACACUGAACUGGAUUCCUACAUCGUAAUUGGUUCGUUUAAUGGUUUGAUUUGUAUUUACGGAACUUCUCAUAUGCCUGAAGCUGGACCUGCUAUCAUUUUUAACCCGAUGACAAAAGAAUAUGUUGUUCUUCCAGAAUUUGAUUGUUAUCCAGAGUACAAGACAAAAGGUUCAAUAACGAUUCAAUAUCAUCAUUUGGCGUGUGGAUUUGGUUACCUUCCUGAAACGAAUGAGUAUAAAGUUGUCAGGAUUUACGAGUUAGGUGGAGACCCUGAUUUUAUAGAGGUUGAGGUAUACACUGUUGGAAGUUGCAAUGGAUGGAGGCACGUUGGAAAAUUUGGUUUUGGUUUUCCGUUUGACACACAUUAUCAGCAAACACAUGGUGUGUUUCUGAAUGGAUGUCUUCAUUGGAGGAAUACUGAAGGAGGAAUGGUUAUGGUAUUUGAUUUGGCUGAUGAAAAGUUUCGAGACCAUAUUUCACCACCUCCUAUGCUAAUGGACACCGAUGAUGAUGAAGAAGAAGAUGAUGAUGAUUUUCCUGUGAUAGGUGUUUCUGGUGGUGGGUUUUUAUAUUAUGCUGUUUGUCACUCUUUCGAAGGACGUGAAUCUGAUGGUGUAUGGCUGUUAAUGAAGGAGAAUGAUGAUCAUGUCAUGAACGAAUCUGAAGAACACCAGUCAUGGGGUUGGAUUAAAGCUAGAAGUCUUGACCAAAGAGAACCGUUUGCCUUUUUGGAGGGUGGCACAGUUUUACGUUAUGAUCAGGGCAAUGUCAAGAUAUUUCUCUCAUCAACUUCAACCUGGGAAAACCUUGUAAAUUUUAGUGCAAUAUCUCGACAAGUAUAUCCACACAAGCACACCUUAGUUUCAUUGAAAGUGUUAGGAGAAGAAAAUGUGGAAAUAAUGAAGUCUCAGCAGUGA